CAAAGUCAAAAUACUUCGAAAAUGUUAAGAAACUGUCAGACGAAAGUGCAGUGAAUCAAAAAUUUCCUAAUUUCUAAAUCAUCAUUACAAUUACGCAUAUGUCUCAGUUAACCAAAUAUUUGCUUGUUCGUCGAUUAUUUCAACAUCCACUAGGAAGCCAGUGUAAAGGGCAGUAUCGGCUAAAGCAUGUAAUUCCAGAACGCCUGAAGAAAGUGCCAGAUCAAUCUGAUCGUAAAUUUUCUGAGAUGAUAGAAUACUUUUUCCAUCAAGCAUGUAUUGUUUGUGAAGAUAAGCUUGUUGAAGAUUUAGGAAAAAUUCGAGGAAAUAUUGAAACGAAGGAACAGCGUCAAGCUAAAGUUACAGCCAUUUUCAAGCAAAUUGAGGCAUGCGAUGCCAUGAUAGAAGUGGCAUUUCCGAUGAAACGGGACACUGGAGAGUAUGAAAUAAUUCAAGGAUAUAGAGCGCAACAUAGUCAACAUAAAUUGCCAACCAAAGGUACUGGCGAACGUGAAAUGGCUUGGAUGAUGGAUACCUAUUCGAAAACACUCGGAUAUCAAGACAUGAACUCUCAUGGUUGUGUCACAGGAAAGCCGAUAAAUCAAGGUGGAAUUCAUGGUAGAGGUUCAGCUACGGGUAGAGGAGUUUUUCAUGCAACCGAACAUUUCAUGGACAACGAAUGUUACAUGGAGUUUCUGRGUAUGAAACCAGGCAUCAAAGACAAAAYAUUCAUUSUGCAAGGUUACGGAAACGUUGGCUCACAUACUCACAGGUAUUAUCACAGAGCAGGGGCCAAAUGUAUUGGUAUAAUCGAAAUUGAUGGAUCAAUUUUUAAUGAGAAGGGUAUCGAUCCUGCUGCCCUAGAAACGUACAAGUUAGGCUCAGGAAAGGUAGUAUUGUAGGCUUUCCUGGAGCUAAAAAGUAUGACGGCGAUUUAUUUGAACAUGAGUGCGAUAUUCUUGUACCUGCUGCCAAGGAAAAAGUAAUAACAAAAGAUAAUGCUGGAAAAAUCAAAGGAAAAUUAGUGGUAGAAGGAGCUAAUGGGCCAACAACACCAGCAGCCGAGAAAUUUUGAUGGAGAAAAAAAUUAUUGUUAUUCCAGAUAUACUGGCUAAUUCA